AUGUGCUUGCAGAGCCAGUCGGAGGAUGAUGAUGCCGGAUCAGAUACAGACCAAGAAGGUUCAGAAUCGGAUGAUGAUGUUGAGUUCCAAGACGCAUUCAGCAUCCUAGAGCAAGACAACGGCCUGGAGUACCAGCUCCCCAAACACCAGAGAUGUGCAUGCCACCUACUGAACUUAGUUGCCACAACAGAUGCUGACCUUGCUGACAAGAAGAACGACACCUACAAGAGGCUUUCACGUGCUGCCUUUGGCAAAUGCCAAGCUCUGUGGAAUAAGUCAGGUCGCUCGCACACUGCAGCAGAAGCUGUGGAAGACAAAUGUGGUCUUCAGCUCAUUCGACCCAACAAGACACGGUGGAAUUCAACAUACAUGGCUGUGGAGAGAAUCAUUCGCAUAAUAAAAGAACAAGGGGAGGAUGCCAUCAGGUGUGUCUGCGAAGAACUGAAAGUGAAAAUGUUCAGUCAGGCAGAAAUUGCCUUUCUGGAUGAGUUCUGCUGUGUGAUGAGACCAGUGGUAAAGGCAUUGAAUAUUCUUCAGUCAGAGAGCAACACACACCUUGGGUGGCUGCUUCCAGUGAUCUCUGAAUUACAGUCCAAACUGAGAAGGCAUGAAGCGUCGGUCAAGAUGUGCCUUCCACUCAUCUCGGCACCACAGCAAGGGGUACAGAGGCGCUUCAGAGUCAUGAUGGAGGACCGAGAGCUUAUCUCAGCAGCAAUCCUCCUACCCAAAUUUAAGACGGGCUGGACUGACAAAGCUGAAGUCGCUGAAGCAGGACUACUAUAUUUGAGGCAUCACCUUGACCAGAUGGCUGAGGCUGAGGUGAACCAAGGCACGCUCAAGGAGCAUUCGUCAGACGAAGACGACUACUUCUCCACGAUGAAUUCCCGCAGGUCCGAGGGUUCUGGGGAAUUGGACGGGUACCUCGCCUGUGUUUCAGAAAGCAUGGACCUGCUGAACUCCUUCCCAAACAUUAAGAAACUGUCUCUGAAACUCAACACAGGCCUUCCAGCCUCAGCCGCCUGUGAGAGACUUUUUAGUUCUGCCGGGUUGCUCUUCACAGCAAAGAGAGCAAGACUUACAGCAAAAAACUUCGAAAAUCAGCUGCUGCUGAAAUUAAACAAGAGCUUUUCCAGUCUAAAGUUGUAGAUUGUGGGCAGUAUUGUGGGAUCUUGUUAUGGGCAGAAAUAUGUGCCACUAGAAACUGAAUUUGAAUAAUUUAUAUUUGAAUUUGAAUUGCUCAA